CGAUCUCAUCUUUGACCAGACAACACUGAUUUUUAUCUCUUCUCAUUUAUUCAAAUUGUUAGAUUUUCGCUAACAUCAAUAUACUUUCUCUUAGUAUUAAUUUACAAUUCUUAAAAAUUAUCAAAAUUGAUUUGUAAUUUGUGAUUUAAGAAGUAAAUAUUAAAUUAAAUAUGAAUUUAUUUACUCUUCAAAUAAACCAGAUAUCCCGAAAAAUAUAUAACAAAAAAUAUUUAAGUAAAUGCAUAAUACGAUUGAAUCAUAAUCCUGGACCUUUAUCUCAAUUUACAGAUGAAGAAAUUUUGAUGAAAGAAAGCGUUAACAAAUUAGCAAAAGAAGAAAUUGCUCCGCUUGUACGUAAAAUGGAAAAAGAAAGCAAAAUAGAUGAAGGAUUAAUACGAAAGCUUUUUGAAAAUGGUUUAAUGGGUAUCGAAAUACCAGAAAAAUACGGUGGUUCUGGAUGUAAUUUCAUGACAACAAUUUUAAGUGUCGAAGAAGUUGCCAAAGUCGAUGGAUCUGUGGCAGCUCUAAUCGACAUUCAUAAUACUUUAGUAAAUUCAUUAAUUAAGAAAGUUGCUACGGAAGAACAAAAAAAAAGAUAUCUACCAAGAUUAGCUCAAGAUUACGCGGGUAGCUUCUGUCUUACGGAACCUGGUUCAGGAUCAGAUGCUUUUUCUUUAAAAACUACAGCAAAAAAAGAUGGAUCCGAUUAUGUGAUAAGUGGAACAAAAAUGUGGAUUUCAAACUCCGAUAUUGCAGAAUUGUUUUUAGUUUUCGCAAAUGCAAAUCCUUCCGCUGGAUAUCGUGGUAUUACAACAUUUUUUGUAGAACGAAAUACACCUGGAUUGACAAUAGCCAAACCAGAAGACAAAUUAGGAAUUAAAGCAUCGGGUACAUGUAUGAUUCACUUCGACAACGUCAGAGUGCCUGAAGAUAAUAUUUUAGGACAUUUUGGGCAUGGAUAUAAAUAUGCCGCUGGAUUUUUAAAUGAAGGACGAAUUGGUAUCGGAGCUCAAAUGAUUGGUAUAGCACAAGGUUGCUUGGAUGCUACAAUACCAUAUACAUUAGAAAGAAAGCAAUUUGGGAAAGAUAUAUUUUCAUUUCAAUCUAUGCAACAUCAAAUCGCUCAAGUAGUCACUGAACUUGAAUCUGCUAGAUUAUUGGUUUACAAUGCAGCCAGAUUAGUUGAUAUAAAAAAAGAUGUAAUGAAAGAGGCUGCUAUGGCGAAAUUGGUUGCAUCGGAAACGGCUUUGCGUGUUACUGCAAAAUGUAUUGACUUUAUGGGUGGAGUAGGAUUUACAACUGAUUUUCCCCAAGAAAAAUAUUUCAGAGAUUCGAAAAUCGGUACGAUUUAUGAAGGAACCAGUAAUAUGCAAUUAUCAACAAUAGCCAAAUGUAUUCGUAAAGAAUAUUCAUAAAUAUUAUAAUUAAUUAAGAUUUAUUUUAUAAGUUUUUAAGUUAAAAGUACUUUUUAAUAGUACUUUUUAUACUUUUUUUAUAAUUGUUUCAUUUUUUACUAUUUUGUUUAU